UCCUGUAAAACCUGUAAGUGAUUAUAACAAAACCCGUUACGUUAAACUUGGCGUGACUGUGGUGAUUAUGACGAAAAACACGGUUUUCUAACAAUUUAAGCAGCUCAGUGAAGUAAAUAAAAUAAAAGUGACUGAAACUCAGAACAGAACUGAUGAGCCCUGCAGCUUCGUUUGCCUGAUCUCAUUUAUUUCAAAGCUCUGCAGCUACGAGUGAGAAGACGCUAGCUGCAGCAGCUGAUGGACAAACAGCUGGUAGCUAUUUAGCCGAUGUUAGCCACUUAAAUACGUCCACGUCUAACAGUCAGACUAAAUUCAUCGACCUCUUCGGUGAAACAUCACGGUCAAGCUACUUCCAUUUUGACUGUGCCUGUGUGCUAAGACCAUCUUCUGAUAUCUCCCAUCAGCUGCAGGACGUUUCACCAACACCAGAACCCAAAAUGAGCAUGUAUCUUGAGAUGAAGAAUGCAAGUCUGAGAGCUGGAGAUCAGCUGAAAGUGAAGGGGUUAAUUCUGCAUGAUGCUGAGAGAUUCCAGAUCGACCUCGGCUGUGACCAAGACGACCUGGCGCUGCACUUUAACCCUCGUUUCCAUGAUGACACUGACGGAUCUGUUCUUGUUUGCAACUCCAAAACCGCCGGUUGUUGGGGUGAAGAGAAACGGGAAAUUCACAACCCCUUACAGAGGGGCACAGACGUCAAGAUUAUGUUGAAGUUGGCUGGAGAUGUGUUUGAAGUCGAGCUUCCCGAUGGACAGGAAGUCCAGUUUCCCAACCGCGAUAGCAUGGAUGUUAUCAACUACAUCAGAAUCCAAGGGGACUUUAAACUCACCUCCUUCAAGAUCUGCUAAGAAACUCAACUUCUGCUGUGUUUAACAGUUUUGUUAAAGAUGAGACUUUGAGAAUUUGUCAGUUAUUGUCAGAAAUAUUAAUCAUUAAGAGAUGUAGAUCUGCAGUUGCUUGGAGAUGUAUCUGAUUUAAACUUGUCCUGUUGUGCACAAAAAUAAAACUGUUUAAAUUCA